AUGGUGGUGGGCAUGGCGGAAAUGGAGGCUACAACGGACAAGGAGGUUACAACAGAGGAGGAGGAUAAAACGGAGGCGGAGGAUACAACGGAGGCGGAGGAUACAACGGAUGUGGAGGACACAACGGAGGUGGAGGAUACAACGGGGGAGGAGGAUACAACGGGGGAGGAGGAUACAACGGAGGUGGAGGGUACAAGGGAGGAAGCGGAGGAUACAGGGAGGAAGAGGAGGCCACGGGGGGUACGGAGGCAGAGGAGGAGACGGGGGGCACGGAGGCAGAGGAGGCCACGGAGCAGAAGCUGUUCAGACUCAGCCUGGCAACUAAAUCUAUUAAUAUUUUAACCACUAUGGAUCAUGGAUGGUUUCAUCUAUGUAUACACAUAUGUAUGUGUAAGACUAUAAGUAAACCAUGGUGAGUUUGUAAUGAAGGUACUUAAGCCAAAUAAUAGAAAUUAAGUGUAUAAAAUUUCGUAAUGUAAUGUGUCUAUGCCCGAGUUGUAAUAUGCGCUUUGCAUAAUAAAAUCGUUAGUAGUUUAUGACUAGGAUUGCCG